GUCCUCGUGCGGCCCAAUCGGAAGCCGAGCGGGUGGCCGUCGCGCAUGCGCAUGGGAGCGGCGCGUCCUCCGCGUGCGCGCGUGCUGUUGGCGGUGGUGGAGUGGUGUCAUGUCCUGGCUCUUCGGGCUGAAUCGCGGCGCAUCCCCUGCCGGUGGCGGGGACGCGGCGGCGGGGGGCGGCGGUCUCUCCCUUCCGCCCGCCCCAGGCGGCGGCGCGGCGCCGGGGGGGGGCGGCGGCGCCGGCGCCGGGGACCGCCACGCGCCCAAGGACAAAUGGAGCAACUUCGACCCCACGGGCCUGGAGCGGGCGGCCAAGGCGGCGCGGGAGCUGGACGCGUCCCGCCAUGCAAAAGAUGCUCUUAGUCUUGCCCAGAUGCAAGAGCAGACCUUACAGCUGGAGCAGCAAACAAAACUUAAGGAAUAUGAAGCUGCCAUAGAACAACUGAAGAGUGAACAGAUACGGGUACAAGCAGAAGAGAGACGAAAAACACUCAGCGAAGAAACAAAACAGCAUCAGGCACGAGCCCAAUAUCAGGACAAAUUGGCAAGGCAGCGCUAUGAUGAACAGAUGCGACAACAGCAACUUGCUAAUGAAGAGAAUCUGAGGAAGCAGGAGGAAUCUGUACAGAAGCAGGAAGCCAUGAGGCGAGCAACUGUAGAGCGAGAGAUGGAGCUGCGGCAUAAAAAUGAAAUGCUGCGUGUUGAGGCUGAGGCAAGAGCCCGAGCCAAGGCUGAGCGGGAGAAUGCAGACAUCAUUCGGGAGCAGAUCCGCUUGAAAGCUGCUGAACAUCGUCAAACAGUGUUAGAGUCCCUGAAGACAGCUGGGAUGCUCUUUGGAGAAGGCUUCCGUGCUUUUGUAACAGAUUGGGAUAAAGUUACAGCAACGGUUGCAGGCCUGACACUGCUAGCAGUAGGUGUUUACUCUGCCAAGAAUGCUACUGCAGUAGCAGGGCGAUACAUAGAAGCACGUCUAGGCAAACCUUCCCUGGUGAGAGAGACGUCACGCAUUACUGUGCUGGAGGCACUGAAGCACCCUAUUAAGGUUCGUAAGCGUCUUACCAGCAAGGCUCAGGAUGCUCUUGAAGGAGUUGUUCUCAGUCCAAAGUUGGAAGCACGUGUGAGAGACAUUGCCAUAGCAACAAGAAAUACAAAAAAGAACAAAAGCCUAUACAGGAAUAUUCUUAUGUAUGGUCCCCCUGGCACUGGAAAGACGCUCUUUGCCAAGAAAUUAGCUGUGCAUUCGGGCAUGGAUUAUGCCAUCAUGACGGGUGGUGAUGUUGCCCCCAUGGGGCGGGAAGGAGUUACUGCCAUGCAUAAACUCUUUGACUGGGCAAACACCAGUAGGAGAGGCCUUUUGCUAUUUGUGGAUGAAGCAGAUGCAUUUCUGCGGAAGAGGGCAACAGAGAAGAUCAGCGAAGACCUCAGAGCAACUUUAAAUGCAUUCCUGCACAGAACAGGGCAGCACAGUAACAAGUUUAUGCUUGUUUUAGCAAGUAACCAGCCUGAGCAAUUUGAUUGGGCUAUCAAUGACCGAAUAGAUGAAAUAGUGAACUUUGAUCUGCCCAAGCUAGAAGAACGGGAGCGGCUUGUGAGGAUGUACUUUGAUAGACAUGUCUUGAAGCCAGCCACAGAGGGUAAACAACGUCUGAAGCUGGCCCAGUUUGACUAUGGGAAAAAGUGCUCGGAGAUCGCCAGGCUGACAGAGGGCAUGUCUGGCCGAGAGAUCUCUCAGCUUGCUGUGGCAUGGCAGGCUGCAGCUUAUGCAUCAGAGGAUGGUGUUCUUACAGAGGCCAUGAUUGAUGCCCGGGUAGCUGAUGCUGUGCAGCAACACAGACAGAAAAUGGACUGGCUGAAAACAGAGGGUGCUGAAGGAAGCAGAGGGGCUGUCAGGAACCCACUCUUGCCUUUUCCCGAAGGAACACCAGUGUGAGCAGCAGUCUGCAGGCUUCAGACCAGCAUAUGUGGGGAAGUGUGCAGGGAAGAAGUUGGGAGGGUCACCUGGGUAAAUGUUUGGUGGAAUCAUGUGUUAAGGGAGACAAGUGUCCAUUGGUGCAAGGCAGGGGGAGAGGAUGCUGCCUCAGUCUGCUUUUGGUGUUUUUUGAUGUCUCAGGUGUACCAUUCAUGUUUUUAGGGUACACCAGAAAAAAAAAAUGGUUUGAAUAAGGCAGAAGUGACUGCAUUAAAGGACCCUCUUGCUGAAACACCACUGACUGCUAGUCUAUGUGGCCCUUCUUGCUAAAGAGGCCCAAACUCCAAAUAGUUUUCAGCAAUCUGGCAUUGGUCUGCAGUGUCCCAGUGACCUGGGCCUAUGUAAACCCAGGGAUCAUCCAAGCCAUGCUACUCCCAUGUGUUUGAUUUCUGAGUUUUUGUGCUCCAGCAGAGGUGAUUUUGCAACUCUUCCACUCCAUCCUGCCCAGGACAGACCUCCGCCUUGCUCAUAUCUCUGCAUGGGAUCACUCCUUGCUCUCUCAUUGUCAUCCUCUGACAGACUGUAGGUAGCCUCUGUGACAGAGGCAUGUGACGUUGCUACUGCUGCUGGUGCCUGGCUGCUGUAUUUGUACAGUCCUAUCUGUGUUGGGUCUCCUGGAGAAUGGCAGGAGAGCUACCCUGCUGAGGGUGCAGCUUAGCCCCUCCACUGUACAGAAACGUCUUCUAAGAGUUGUGCUUCAUGUGCUCCUGUGAAUGGUUUUACUCCUGCCUGCCUUUCAGUGUUGGUUGUUUAGCAGCAGAGUGGCACAGCCAUACUUGGGGGAGGGAGAAACACCAGAUUGAGUAUUAGCAGGGGUGAAGCCUUCAGGUUUGGGACACUUAGCCUUCAGCACUGAGUCCUUCUCUAGAGCUUUUAUCUCCUAGUAGUGUAGCAUUGUAGAAUAAUCCUGCACUUUCUAGAUUCCAAAAGGCUAUUCGAUUCCCAGUGGAGUAACUGGGACUCCUAUAGCACAGUCUUGACAGCAGCCAUCAGGCUUCUAUAUAGCCUUUCAGACACUGCUGAGCUGCAGCAGUGGGAACAGCUGCUUCCCAGCUUCUGAAGUGUCUGUUCUGACUCUGUAGCCCACAACCCUUUGUUUGCUUUAUCCAGCCAGGUAGUUGCUGAUACAGCUAGUCUGAGAGUAGCCCUAGGUUUCCUUUAGAAUUCAAUUCUCCCUCUGUGGGAGUAGACGAGGCUCAGUAAAUCUGCCUGGCCUACAGGUGUCUCUGGCGUGAUCUGAAGGGAGGGAGAUGGGGGGCUUGUUUGCUGCUGACUGAUGCCAACAAGCUGCUCUGACUUUAUUACUGCAUUUCUGGAGCAACUGACAAAUGUGCCCUUGUCAAAGCAUAGAGACAAGCCUGUUUGGAUAGAUGAUAUGUCUGAUGUCUGUCUGUGUGCAUAGAAGAGGCUGAUUAGAAAAUCUCUCUUUUCUUUUUUCUUUCUUUUUUUUUUUUUUUUUAAACUUGAGCUGGAGUUGAACUCUGGACUCUGCUCUGAGUCCCCCUCUGUAGCUACACUAUGCAAACACCGUUGCCUGACCUAAAUCUGUGCCCUUGAGUACCUUGCUGAGACACACUCCUCUGACAGGAACUGACAGCACUUUCCUCUUUGUCCAUUUUACUGGUACUUGUUAUGGAGCUUUGAGAAAUGCAUGCUGACAAGAGUCUGCAAGUUUGGGAGCUGGGCAGAAAACUAAGAGGGCUGAUCACCAGUAUCCUCAAAAUAGGCAGCCUUGGGGAACACCAGGAAAGAACUAGUCAUUGAGGCUGUAAACCUUUCCUGCCUUGUGCUGCCAUCUUUUCUCACAAUAGGUCUCUCAUACUUUCCCUCUGCUAGGUACCAAGGGAGAAUCUGCAUUUGCCUUUGAAAACCCAUUUUAGAAGUUGCCCUUUCUUAAGGACAGAUGUCCUGCAGCAGUAAGGUGUGCUCAGACUUUUGUGCCCCACUAACACUUACUCAUUGCCAUGUGGGAACCAUGCUGGGAAAGAAUCACCAUUUAAAUUGAAACCGCAGAUUUUAUGUUCUGAACUACUGAAAUAAGCCUAGAUGUCAUCUUUAAGAUGUCUUUUAGAUGUCCCCUUUAGCCUAGCUGUAGCUGCCUUUUAGUCUGCUGAUGUACUAGAGAAUUAGAUAUUCUAUGCUUUCCCCAUCCUAAUGAGUUUUCUCUAAAAUUCUCCUCUUUUAAACCCCAAGAAGAGAAAUGGAGGGGAGCUAAGCUGAGCCACCGUUUGCUCAAAAAGCCUUGCUAACAAGCUGUGUAAUGGAGCAGUCUGAUCUCAUGUUAUUAAAAUCUCUAACUGUGACUUCUUCCUUUGAUACUUUUCAUCCCAGUUCCAUAAUCAUCUCCAUGAAAUGAGAGGGAAGAAGGGUAUUUUAGGUCUUGUGUGUAUUCUGUCUCACUGCCCUUUUGCUGAUAUUGGUAGCUGGGAAGAGAAUCUUGCUGUAAAGCUGUGUGAAAGGCACAGCAGUUGCUGUCUUAGCUAUUUCAUAUGAUUCCUCCUUCAGAUUGCACCAGGUUUGUACAUGGAAGCAGAGGGAUCACAGUGCUUGUAAUGCAGCUAUGAUCCAUGCCUCUGUGCUGUGCAGCAGUGGUAUAUUGCAGGCUAGGGGGAACACUAGUUGGAAGUAGCCUCUUGCUGUAGCAAGGAACACAGCAGGAAGCAUGGGCUGACACAAAGAUUCUCAGGUUUGCAUGAGUGCACAAAUAUCUUUCAAUGAAUUUUUACAGGCUUUUAAAGACUAUUGUUAACGGUGGUUGCUGUUAGUCCUCACCUGAGCUCUGCUGCUUGGCCUUCCUAAGGAUGGAAAGGACUGUCUGCCUUGUGGAAAGCAGCCAGUUGUUCUUCAUCAUGUGGAUGCCUCAGCCUCUCUAAUGCAUAUUGACAUGUUGUUAUUUGCUCUGGCAUGACACACUGAUUGCUGCUGCCUGUAUCCCAAGGGGCAAGUUACUUUGCCUUCCUCUUCCUCUUGGACAGCCCAGAAGGGUGGGAUUGUGUGAUGCUGUCUCUGUUACAUGGGUGAAGUCAUCUUUAUUUUCCUUUAAAAGGUGGGAGGAGGUAAGUAGGAAUUGCUAUGUCCAUACUUUAAUAAAAGAAAUGAGAUGCAGCUGGGUGGCUCAUAGAUCUGUUGUGAGUGGCAGUGCACAGGGUGAGUGGCAAAAUAAACUGGACAGAGGCUGCCUUCAACCACUGUUUUCUUUGGGGCCAACACCAGAGCUACUGAUCAUUAUUUGCCUCUGCUCAAGCGGAGGGGAGUGGUUUCAUCUCAUAGUGUUAGUCCUGCUGUGAGCAGGGAGUGGGAAGAAAUGACUUUGAAGUCCCUUCCAACCUCAAGUCUUUGAAUGUAUGAUGUUUUGUGAAGAUGGAGGUCUCCAGCAUAAACGCUGGGAGUUCAGUGUUGGAUGUUUUUACUGCAGAGAGGGAAGGAAGGUUCUUACCAGCUGCAGUUUCACUGUGGAACAGAAAUCUCAUCUUGGGAGUUCAAACAUUUCCCAAGACCUCUGUCCCUCAAGGGCCAGACAUGUUUUGGUAAGAGGGGCCAGGCACAGGUAGAGACUGUUAACUCCUGAGGGCAAUGUGGGGGAAAGCUUCCACAGCCUGCCUUUGCUCAGAGAAUCUUGGUUUGGUUCCCCUUCCUGUUGUCUGUUCCCUUUAAAAGAAGAGCUUUAAGGGGUCAAUGAGCCUGGAGCAAGGAGGGUGCAGAAGUGCCAACUGUCUGGAGGCAGACUGUGGAGCAGGUAAGAGACCCUUAUGGCCAAACUUUUCCCUGUCCUGUCUACACUGUGCUUUAGGAUGUUACUGCAGUCACUCCUGGGAACAGGGCUUUGUGUAUACAGAACUUGACCUUUUGUCUUGACCUCCCUCCACCCUGGAGAAUCCUCCAAGCAGUCACCUGGUCAGAGCUUUGCACAUCUGUGCUCUUCAUGCUUUUCUAGCAAUGCACUGCUUACCCCGGUGACCCUGGUUGCUUGUCAGAAAGCCAGGAGCAGAGCACUUCAGUGUGGACUUGUUCUCUCUGUGUUCCCCCUUCCCAGCCCCCAUGUGGUAGAUUGUGGCAGCAUCCAUGGGUGUGAAAUGCUCAGUGACUUCUCAUCCUUCCUCCUUUUCAGAGAAGCUCAUGACUUUGGGCAGAGCAGAUGCCCCCAGCCCCCUUCUCAGAGGGGGUUGUUUAUACUGUACUUAAAAGUCCGUGACUGCUCAUAUUGUCAGCAGCAGGAGAGGGCCGUUUCCGCUCGCACAUUGCUCUUCUUUCCUUCACAUCAUGUGCUGUCAAACACUGGUGUGCAUCAGUGCAAACACUGAUGAAGCUAACUUUCUUGAUGAGUCCCAGCCACUAUUACUACCAACGUUCUAAAUCCUGCCUUUAAAAAGAGAUACCUUCUCCUUCUUGCUAUGCACUCAGCUCCUAGCUGCCAGGGAGGUGAUUUCAUGCCCUGCUGCCUGCUGAAUAGCUGUGCCAGUCGCUGCCACUCCUGUUGCUCACCUGGAGUGCAACAGGAAAGGAGAAAAAAAGGUGACCAGACCUUGUUCAGCUCUUGUCUCAGCAAAGAUUUAAAUGCAGGGCCUUUGUCACUUCUGUCAGCCUCAUUAAUAAGUUUGGUUUGCUGUUGGCUCAGAGAAUGAAUGAUGUCCCUGUGGAGGUGGCACCCAAACAGCUAUUUGUUAAUACUCCAUGUAGGGAGGGAAGGGCAACUCCAGGCUGAGGUUAUUUCCUGUCCAUGACACUGAAUGAGUUAUGCGGUAAUGGUACUUUAUUAAAAUAGUGUUUUGUAUUGGAGAGCAAAUCUAGUAGGAGAUGGAUUAGCAAGCAAUGCAUCAUUCCCACUGUGAGCUGAAAAAAAUGCCUGUUCUGUGCUUCAACAUUACAGCUGAGAGACAGAUUUAUAAUGUGGUCAUCUAUAUUCUCAGAUGUCAUCCAUUAAAGUAUUUACUUUUGAAUAUGAUACACUAUGAAGAAAGAUCCAUUGAGCAAGCAGGAGGAUGGGAGUAUUGCAUGCUUUCUCACCAAUGCACAUCUCAUGCUCUAGAACUCAAGGGAGACAAGAGGCUCUCCAGGAAGUAUUUCUCUCCCAACCUGUAUUUGUGUUUUGGAUGAAAAAGGAAUGCUUGUUUUUUAAUAAACCAUUUUCUUUGACUGUU